UGUUUUUGUACCAUAUUUUUUCAUUUUAAAUAAUUUAUAGAAUUAUAUAAUUUAUUUACCAAUCAAUUUAAUUUAAUUUUAUCCAAUAAUACCUUGGAAAUGAGUAAUUUGUAAACUGACUUAACUUUAACCUAAUCCUGUACACUAAAUCAUGAAAAUCUCUAAAAUUAUUAACAUUUGAUAAAAAAUAUGAAAGACAAUUUAGAGGAAGAAAUUAAUUUUAAGUUGGAUUUGGACAACUAUUUAUCGCAUAAUGACACUAUUUCUUCGAGCUCAGACACUAAUAUUAAACCGAACACUAAAUCUCUUCGAAAUAAAGAAAUUGAAAAGAAUUGGUUCGCUAUCAGUGAGAAAGAACCAACUCCAGCUGUUCUGCGGGAGUGGCGAUCUAUACAAUUACGUGGCUUUGUUGACCCUAAGAAAUUCUACAAAAACACCCGAAGCAAACUUGAAAACAUCCCCAAGCAGUUCCAACUUGGGACUAUAGUAAAUAAAUCCUACAACUACACUGAAGAGGAUAAAGUUACCAACUCCAACACUAACACCACUUCAUUUAGUAAGAAAAAGACCAGAAUUAGAAAGAAACCCACUCUGAUUACUAAUACAAUCAAGGAAGGUGAGAAAUGGGUCACUAAACGGUACAGAGAAAUCCAAACUGAGAAAACUAGCGGCCGUAAGGGCUGGUACCAGAGACAACUUAAAAAACGAAAAAAGAUAUAA